ACUCUUACUAGAGGGACUCUAACGCACACCAAAUGUGUCGCAUGACAACGGUGCCAAACAAAUUCUGUCUUCUACACGUUUUUCUUCAUAAGAAAUUUCAUUAAUUGUAUUUAACGUCAUGAAGAUUGAAGAAGUAAAGAGUACGGCUAAGACACAGAGGAUUUCGGCACAUACUCAUAUCAAAGGACUUGGACUUGACGAAAAUGGCACAGCUAUUCAGAUGGCUGCCGGUCUUGUUGGCCAAGAAUUAGCCCGAGAGGCGGCUGGUGUGGUUGUUGAUAUGAUAAAAUCGAAAAAAAUGGCUGGCCGUGCAGUAUUGCUUGCUGGCCCACCUGGAACAGGAAAAACAGCAAUUGCCCUUGCGAUAGCUCAGGAACUUGGUAAUAAAGUGCCUUUUUGUCCAAUGGUAGGAUCUGAAGUAUACAGUUCUGAAAUAAAGAAAACAGAAGUACUCAUGGAAAACUUCAGAAGAGCUAUUGGCUUGAGAAUAAAAGAGACAAAAGAAGUUUACGAGGGUGAAGUAACUGAACUCACCCCCAUUGAGACAGAAAAUCCUAUGGGUGGAUAUGGUAAAACAGUAUCUCAUGUAGUAAUUGGCUUAAAAACUGCAAAAGGCACAAAGCAAUUAAAGUUAGAUCCAUCAAUUUAUGAAUCUCUGCAAAAAGAAAAAGUUGAAACAGGGGAUGUAAUUUAUAUCGAAGCAAACAGUGGAGCUGUUAAGAGACAAGGUCGAAGCGACAAUUUUGCAACCGAAUUUGAUUUAGAAGCAGAAGAAUAUGUACCAUUACCCAAAGGUGAUGUGCACAAAAAGAAAGAAGUUAUCCAGGAUGUUACACUGCAUGAUUUAGAUGUUGCAAAUGCAAAACCACAAGGUGGCCAAGAUAUAAUGUCAAUGAUGGGUCAACUGAUGAAACCAAAGAAGACAGAGAUUACUGAUAAGCUACGAAAGGAAAUCAAUAAAGUUGUAAACAAGUACAUCGAUCAAGGUAUUGCAGAAUUAGUACCAGGUGUACUCUUCAUAGAUGAAGUUCAUAUGCUAGAUAUUGAAACUUUUACUUAUCUUCAUCGAGCGUUGGAAAGUGCAAUAGCACCGAUUGUAAUUUUUGCAACAAAUAGAGGCCGAUGCGUGAUCAGAGGCACUGAGGAUAUUUCUUCACCACAUGGAAUACCUCUUGAUUUAUUGGAUAGACUCUUGAUUAUACGAACAUUGCCUUACUCCAGAGUAGAAAUAGAACAGAUAGUUAAACUGAGAGCUACUACUGAAGGACUCCAGGUUGAAGAUGAGGCUCUAUCCACUCUGGGCGAGUUAGGCACAAAAACUACUCUCAGAUACGUCGUCCAACUUUUAACACCUGCUGCAUUAACCGCGAAGGUAAAUGGCAGAACAACAAUAAAGAAAGAAGAUGUUGAGGAAGUGGGAACACUUUUCUUGGAUGCCAAAUCAUCGGCAAAAAUUCUUACACAGAAUAAAGAUAAAUUUAUGAAGUGAAACGUAACAUUGCAUGUUAUCUCGCUAACUAUGGAAACAUCAAAUUAUUGUUACCCACAGCAGGUACUUGUAUUGACCAUGUUCCAAUAAAUGUCAUUUUUUUUCACAAAUUUACCAA